CAUCUCCACUUCCUGUUUCCUCAGGGACUGAAAAAAGGAAGAUGUGGCAGAGGAAUCAGACCUCCCUGGCAGACUUCAUCCUUGAGGGCCUCUUUGAUGACUCCCUCACCCACCUUUUUCUUUUCUCCUUGAUCAUGGUGGUCUUCCUCAUUGCAGUGAGUGGCAACACUGUCACCAUUUUCCUCAUCUAUGCUGACCCCCGGCUUCAUAGACCAAUGUACUUCCUGCUCAGCCAUCUUUCCCUCAUGGAUCUGAUAUACGUCUUCACAAUCAUCCCCCAGAUGGCUACCAACUACCUGUCUGGAAAGAAGUCCAUCUCCUUUGUGGGCUGUGCCACCCAGCACUUUCACUUUGUCUAUUUGUCUGUGGGUGGUGCUGAAUGUCUCCUUCUGGCUUUUAUGUCCUAUGACCGUUACGUUGCCAUCUGUCACCCGCUGCGUUAUUCUGUGCUCAUGAACAGAAAGGUGGGGCUGAUGAUGGCCAUCAUGUCGUGGUUGGGAGCGGCCGUGAACUCCCUAAUUCACACGAUGAUCCUGAUGCACUUUCCUUUCUGUGGGCCUCGGACAAUUCACCACUUUUUUUGUGAGUUUCCAGCUAUUAUGUUUGGAAUUUGUCCGUUGGUGUGUGGUGAUAUCACUAUUUAUGAGACCACCGUGUACAUCAGCAGCAUUCUACUAGUCCUCCUCCCCAUCUUCCUGGUUUCGACAUCCUAUACCUUCAUCCUGCACAGCUUGCCCCUCUCCUCUACACUUACUACUCUGAGGAAUAAGGAUGUAGCUAAGGCUCUGAGGAAGUUAUGGUGGGUGACAGGGAAGAUUCUUGGGAGACCUGGGGGCACAGGGAAAGCAGCCACGGUGCAGCUUACACACAUCGUGGCUGGUCUGCUGACUCACCUCAUCAUGUAA